CUAGAAUAGUAAUAAAAAUAUAAAAUCAUAGUAACUUGUGUUCAAUUUGUAUUCUUGAGUUACUAUUUCAUUACAUUAUAAUAACAAUUAAUUAUAUUUGUGUAAAUAAAUUUUUUAAAUCUGAUUUUAGGAAAGAUGGUUUUAACAAAAUGUGAGGCAAAAUGAGAGAGAAUGCAUGAGCGUAUGUUUUUGUAGAACAAUUAAACAAUCCAGACGAAAUGUUUUAAUUAAAAAAUAAAAAAGUGGAAAUAUUUGAUAGGCGGUGCAAUCGUAGGCGGUGCAAUUAGGAAUGUUUAAAUUCUAUUCCGUAGAAGGAACUAUUCUCAGUAUUAUGAUCAUAUCGAUAGAAAAGCACAGAGAGAGAAAAUGGGCAGAGGGAAAUCAAAGAUCGAGAUUAAACCGAUCGAGUCACUGGCAGCUCGGAAUGUAUGCUUCAGCAAGCGGAGGAAUGGGCUGUUCAAGAAGGCAUCGGAUCUGUGCCGCCUAUUCCCCGGAGUUAAAGUUGCGGCGGUGGUGUUCUCUCCGGCGGGAAAGCCGUAUGUGUAUGGCGACCCAACUGGGAUUUUGGAGCAGGGCAGCGGCAGUCCUCUGUUUCCUUCGCCGUUGUCCGGUGAUCCGGUGAUCCGAGGGGCGCAACUGCAGGGCGGGUGUCCUUCGCCGUCCUCGGUUCUGGCCGGUGACCAUCUUAUUUCUGAGCCCUGCGGCUACUCACCAGUUGAGAAGAAGACUGGUUGGGAAGAAGAUUGGCUAAUUAGUGGAGAAGACAUUGAAUCAAUGAUCCAAGAGUUGCAGGGCGGUGAUCAUCUUAUUUCCGACCCCUCAAUUCAGCCGGAGAUACUCAGAGAAGAAGAUGUGGGUUCAAUGAUCCAAGAGUUGCUGUGGUCGUAGGGCCUUACUAUUAUAUUUUGAACUCAUCCCGCCAUCAAUUUUACUCUCUUCUGACUUUAGGGUUUAUAUCAUCGAGAAUUGCUAUUAUUAAUUAUGGGACUAAAGUAUAUAUAAUCAUGCUCGAUCAUAAUGCCAAUUAUUGUAUGUAUUACAUGAUCUCAGUUCCUUAUUUCAUUCUUUUGUCAAAUGUAUACACAAAUUAUU